AUGACGAGUCUGUCAAAUUUUUUACAGCGCUCGAAUAAUAACAGAUUGCACAGAGAUAUUUUUGCAAAAGCCACAUCCCCUAGUGCCCAGAGAGCUACAUGGAGUAACUAUAAACAGCACAAUAACAUGAAAGCACUGGUGGGAAUCACUCCAACAGAUUACUUCUCCUUUGUUUCUAAACUGUGGACUGGAAAUGUCAGUGACAGAUACAUUACAGAAAGAAGUGGUCUACUCGACAAAUUUGAAGAGGAGGAUUCUGUUAUGGCCGACAAGGGGUUCAACAUCAGAGAUCUGCUUACAAGAAAGAAAGUUGCACUUAAUAUCCCACCACUUUGCAAAGGAAAGCAACUUUCAAAAAAGGCAGUAAAAUCUACCCGUACCAUUGCAAGUGUUCGGAUCUACGUUGAACGAGCUAUUGGAUUUCUUAAGGACUUUAGAACUCUACAAGGGAACUUCCUUCUUCAAAUGCUACCUAUUGCAGACAAUAUUCUAAGUGUUUGUGCUGCUCUGUGCAAUUUGCUACCACCACUGGCCAAAUGA